GCACCCACUUAAAUAUGUAUAUAUAUAUGUAUAUAUAUACAAUUAAAAUUAUGACUCGAGCCAUCUUCACCUGAGAAUUAACCAAGCCAAAAAUGGAAGGCUUAACACUGAUAGUAGUGGUGAUGUCAAGCUUAAUGUUGGGAGUGAAAGGUCAGCAGAUAAUUAGCACCCCAUGCACCUCCUCCAUGAUCUCUACCUUCACUCCAUGUCUCAACUUCAUCACCGGAAGCAGCGGCGGCUCCGUCACUCCCACUGCCGGCUGCUGCGACUCCUUGAAGUCGUUGACCAACACUGGCAUGGAAUGUGCUUGCCUCAUCCUCACCGCUAAUGUCCCGCUGCCUACUGGCUUCAUCAAUCGGACUCUCUCGCUUGCUCUCCCUCGUGCCUGCAAAAUGAGCGGUGGUGUACCUGUUCAGUGUCAAGCGGCGGGGACUCCUCUGCCAGCGCCAGGUCCGGUUCCAUUUUUGCUGGCUCCACCACCGCCUAUGUCUGCUUUUAGCCCCGGCUCGUCCAAGGCGGCGGCGACAGCACGGCGCUGGCGCCGGAUGCUCCUGCGGAUGGACCGAUGGGCCCACAGCCACACCAAGAAUUCGACCGGUGGUUCAGCCCUCGCAACCCACCAGCCUCGCUCAAUAUUCUACUUCUCCAUUUCUUCCUUGCUUUUCUCUCUCUUGGCUCUUCUCACUUUGUUGACUUUGUAAGCCAUUCGGCGCGUCUCCAUAUUCAAAAUUGUUACCCUUAUGUAUCUGUGUUGCCAUGUACUUUUAUUACGAUUCAUCGUCACAUAUUAUUCGCUAUUUCAUCUCAAGUUUUACGUAACUCCCUCAUUUUUUAAUUUGUCAAUAACAAAAACAUCUAUCGAGGCC